UGAUCAGGAGGAAGUAGUUUACUUCCUGCCAUUUGAAAAGGGAAUGCUAGUAUCUGUUAGCCACAGUUAGCUUAGCUAAAACGUAAACUAACGUAACAAUACGUUAUUGUCAUUGUCCCGCGACAAACACUCCGGUAGUUUAGAUUUAACUGUUAUAGUUCAAAUCGAGCUGGUGUGGAAAUGCGUCGCAGAGGAGUCGGAGCCGGAGCUGUGGCUAAGAAGAAGCUAGCGGAGGCCAAAUACAAAGAAAGAGGAAACGUUCUGGCAGAAGAUCAGAUCGUUCAGAUGUCCAAACAGCUGGAGACGUUCAAAUCCAACCUGGAGGAGUUCGCCAGCAAACACAAGCAGGAAAUUCGAAAGAGCUCCCAGUUCAGGGUUCAGUUUCAGGAAAUGUGUGCGACCAUCGGAGUUGACCCUCUGGCCUCUGGGAAAGGUUUUUGGUCGGAGAUGCUCGGCGUCGGUGACUUCUACUACGAGCUCGGUGUUCAGAUUAUUGAAGUGUGCCUGGCGCUGAAACACAGAAAUGGAGGGCUCAUUACUUUGAAUGAACUCCAUCAGAGAGUACUGAAGGGAAGAGGUAAAUACGCUCAGGAUGUGAGCCAAGACGACUUGAUGAGAGCGAUAAAGAAACUGAAGGUGAUGGGGAAUGGUUUUGGGAUGAUUCCUGUCGGUGGGUCCUACUUGGUGCAGUCAGUUCCAGCAGAGCUCAACAUGGAUCAUACUGUGGUUCUGCAGCUCGCCGAGAAAAAGGGAUUCGUCACAGUGAGUGAGAUCAAGGAAGGUCUCAAAUGGGAGAAGGAGCGAGCUUGUCACGUUCUGGAUCACCUGCUGAAAGAAGGUUUGGCCUGGGUGGACUCUCAGGCAGCCGGGGAGUCGCAGUACUGGUUUCCUGCUCUCUUCUCCGAGCUCACAUCCCGGGACGUCACACCAGAGGAGGCCAAUCAGAUGACACCUUAAGAAUAAUAAAGAAAGAGCUGGGCUGGACCCCCGACUUCGAGCUGGUGACAGUUUCAGACACGUUGGAAAACACAAGGUGGUGUGAAGAGUCAUGUGACGGACUUGGCUGGUUCCCUGGAGCUGGCAGCGAACUCCCUCCGAGAGGAGUCUCUGGACACGAGGAGGGAAAACUCUCCUCCUCAGGUUCCCCCCCUCCUCCUCAACAAGUGCACUGAGGUUAUUCCUGAGUCACUGAAAUCAGCUUGAGUUCUGUUCCACUGCAUUUGAAAUCCAGUGUAACGUCUCCUCUUGGUUUUUAACUGUGUUUAACUGUUGAAUUUUGCACAUAGAAACUUUUACUUUGACAGAAAACACAACAUCAGCUUUAUUGCACAAGUUUAACCAAAUUUUUAUUUUAUCAACUGGACCAUUUUACAUGUGCUCAUGGUCGUUGGCACAAACUCCCCGGUUCGAUUGUAACGACAACAUCAACAAUUCAUCCUGUCAAGCUUAUUAAAAAACAAAAUAAAGAUUAAAACAAACAUUUGAAUCAAUAGAACUAAUCACAGAAAGGAAUUCUGAGAUACUAAGUGCAAAGCUUCACUGGAAAUGAAUAAUUGUGAUAAAUAUAUUUCAUCUUCUUUAAGAUCA